AUGGGACAGCUCGGCGACCUAUCGCCUGGGGGAAGCGUGGCUAUUGGAAUACUAGUAGGGCUAAUAUCCACGAGUAUUCAAAGUCUCGGCUUGACUCUCCAACGCAAAUCACAUAUUCUGGAAGAUGAGAAGGGGGCACAUCAUGUUCGGAGACCACCGUAUCGAAGGAGGAGAUGGCAGUUGGGCAUGGGCAUGUUUAUUAUAUCGAACCUUGUGGGCAGUACGAUUCAAAUAACAACUUUACCACUUCCUGUAUUGUCAACACUACAAGCCUCGGGUUUGGUAUUCAAUUCCAUCUGCGCCACUUUAAUAUUGGGGGAACCGUUUACGGCAUGGUCGUUGGGAGGAACUUUAUUGGUUUCGACGGGUGCUAUUCUUAUUGCUAUAUUUGGGGCUAUUCCGGAGCCUGCCCAUACGCUUGAUCAACUACUUUUACUCCUCGGACGAAGGACGUUUGUCAUUUGGAUGAUAAUGCAGACUUUAUUGGUUGCGGGAAUAGUCGUCCUUGCGUGGUUUCUGGGUAGAGUUCCAAAGAUUUCCGCAAGUCCUCGAAUACGACUUCUUAGAGGAUUGGCAUAUGGGUGUAUCAGUGGGAUAUUAUCAGCCCACUCGUUAUUGGUAGCCAAGUCAGCAGUUGAGCUUUUGGUCCGAACGAUUGUCGAUCGGCACAACCAAUUCGAUCGAUGGCAAUCAUGGGUUAUUCUUUUCGGUCUCAUUUUCUUAGCUCUCACACAACUAUACUUCCUACAUCGCGGUCUCAAAUUAGUAUCGACCAGUGUGCUUUAUCCACUAGUAUUUUGCAUCUACAACAUUAUAGCCAUUCUCGAUGGCCUCAUAUACUUCAAACAAACCGAUAGGCUACCGGCCCUCCACGCAGGUCUGAUCGCCCUCGGAACAGCCAUCUUACUCUCGGGCGUCCUAGCCCUCUCUUGGCGUCUCAACGAAGAACAGACCCAGCCAGCGGUAGCCCAAAGUGCGCUGGCCCCUGGCCUCGGCUUCGUUGAAGAUACUGACAACGAAUCUUCAGAAUCCUACACCGCAGACGAGGAAGCAGCCAUAGGCGCCGAGAAUCAAGCCCUCCUAAUUUGCGAACCCAUGACCCCUACUACCAAACUCGAUACGAUUAUCGGCGCUACUAGACAUGUAAGAAAGGCAGUCAGACUCUCGGAAGUCGAUGAAAUUUGGGGCGAACUAGAAGAUGAUGAUGCAAAAUCUACUCCUACGAGAGCAAAUAGACCAAAACCACCAAGACCGGAUUCGGCACCUACUCUCCCCAGGUCUUCAACAUAUGAUGAAGAAAGUGGAGACUCACAAAUUCCAGAUGAAAAUACAUCACUACUACACCGUCAAAUAUCUUCAUCCCGUAGACGCAGAAGACGUUCAACGGGGUUCCCAGGAUUUACAGCUCGUCCCACACCGAGAAAGAGACGCUCUAUACGUUUAGAAACGCAAGAUGCGACGGGUGGGUGGUGGAAAAUGAGGUGGUGGAAAGAUAGGAGUGCGGAGGCUGCGAGUGGGAAGGGACCUCCUUCUUCUGGUGAUGAUCGGGGUUCGGGACUUGACAUUUUGGGAAUAGGAGGCUCUGACUCUGGGGCUGGAAGCGGAGCCGGGCCUUCUGGUUCGGGUAUGGGUGUUUAG